ACUCUUUGUGACUUGUGUGAAAUAAAUAUGAAUGAAAAAUACCAAGUAAAUUGAAGAAACUUAUUCUAGAGUGCACAUAGAAAGCAUAUUAUACCAUUAAGUGGAUAAUUGUUAUCACUUUAGUUUUUUGUGAGUGAACAGAUUGUUUGGCAAGAACUAUUUUCAUUAAAAUGCCUGCUGUAACUUCGACAACAGCUGAAGAACAAAAUGAUGCUGACCAGAAAAUGUGGAAUGCUCUCAAACGAUAUAUUAUUCGAGAAAGACAGCGAAAAAAGGAAGAAUAUGAAGCAGAAGUAGAAGAGGAAAGACUCCGAAAGGAAAGAGAAGCCAGGGAAAGACAAGAUGUUAUGACUCUAGAGGAAACAAAAGAACAGAUUGAGCAAUUGGAACAAAAGUUGAAACAACUUGAAAAAGAGAAACAGCAGUUAUUCAUGCAGUUGAAAAAGGUUCUUAAUGAGGAUGAAAUCCGAAAACGCCAACAACAGAAGGAAACGAAUGAAAUGCAGCCAAUGAAAAUGCCAAUGGGGAAUAUUCAGAUUCCUAUGUUUCCAAUGCAGACGUCUACUGGGCAAGGAGAACCUCCACCGUCUCAAGGCAGACCACCUCCUCUUACAUCUCAUAUUUUAAAUAAGCAGACUAUUGUACGUGGCCCAAUCCAAGUGGGUGUAAAACGACCUCGCAGCCCUUCACCCACUUAUCCGAUGUACACACACCGUCUACAGCCACAGAACAUGAAACAUCAGUCCGUUUACUCAGAUCACAAAGUAGAGGACGGCCGCAUGGGUCGCCAAAUGGCCCGCGCUGUGCUUUGGAACAAACCAUCUCAAUACGGUUCGAGUGCGGGCGGUUCGUCCGUUUCCUCCGCCGCUUAUUACGCGAUGCCCACGUCGGGCGUGGUGGGGGUGGUGGGUGAGAGGCCGCCGCCAUUGUUGUAUCCCCACCACGCGCACACGCCCCACACCCCGCACACGCCGCAUCACGGCAACUUAAUGUAUGCGCCGGCGCCGCAACCGCCCCAACUAUAUCUGGACAUGUUGAAGAAUAGAGACGGUCAGCAGCAUCAGGAACAGAAAAAGGAUUCGCAGCCUCAGGUGUUGAUCGGUCUGAGUGAAGCCCAUCAUCCAGCGGUUAGCAGCGGCAUGGUGUACCAAACUCCUGUUAGUCGUCACCUCGCUAUACACCCACCACAACAUAACACCAUGCAGAAUACGAAACCGGGCAGUAUCACACAGGGCUACCCGGUGCAACAGUCCAACCCUAAUGUACAGAACCCGAAUCUGUACCCGAACAGGCACAGAUAUUAGCUAGUGAUCAUCAGGCGGCAUCCCGCCAAACCGCCACCAUAACGAUGGCCUCGCCCACUGAACCAACACAGAUUCCGGGGACCGUAUAGACCGCGUCGUUAGUUCAAUAUAUUGAGACAAGAUUUACUUUAUAUGUACGAAAAUAGAGAUGCCAAUAUUAAAACGCUCAGUUAAAACCUUUUUAAAUUCAGUGCUUAGCAUUACUUGAUAGUCAAGGCAAAAUAAGCUUUGUUCGAAAAGAUUAAAAUUGCUUUUAAAUCGUUCAAUGUUUUUCUCUACUUCUCACUCGUUCUGGACGUCUUUUGGCUGAUAAAACGAGCAAGAAACUUACCAGCUCUAACAGAAGUAAUGACAUUUACAAAAAUUAUGCCAUUACCAAAGCAAUAUUAACAAUAUCAAUUAAUUAUAAAUAUGAAAGCAACAACUAAUGAGUAGAUAAUACACAAACAAGUGAUUAAAAAUAUAUAUAUAUAUUACGUAUAUCUCGUAUCUUCAUUUUCGGACGUACAGAGUAGUACCCGUACAUUACCCGUUUGUAGACAGUUUCGAUCGGAUAAACACGUUUUAGAACUUGUAAUUAAAAAUUCAUAUAUAUUGUCUAGAAUCUGGACUUUAGGUCCUUAGUUUGAUAUAUGAGAAGUGUUUGUGUUGUUGCCUAGUAUUUAUUGAAAUGCUAUCAUCUGGAAUCAUGAAUAUGCAGUGUAAGAGCCUGUGCACACGAGUGUUUGUAGCUAUAGAGAUGUCAGUUAUAGAUGAAGCAAGAUCUCUGGGUAGCCAGAUGUCACUUUUUCUGAUAGACAAAAUGUAGGGUAGUUUUGGUAUAGUAUACUUAGAUAGUAUGCCUAUCUGCUAGCUUGAUCUGAAGCCCAAUUUAUCAAAUCAGGUAAUAAAGGUCAGUAAAAAUUAUUCACAUUUAAAAAAAUCUUAAGCUGAUUAUUUAGUAUAUGUAUACGAUUAUCGACAGUAUUGCAAAAAUAAUCAUCAGCCAUACUUACUGUUUUUAAUAACACUUGUAUUUAAAAGCAAAUAAUAAUACAUUAGUAUUAUUGCAUUAUUGUGCAGAAAAAAAUCACUCACGGCACACUCUGAUAGAAUAUAUGAAUAAAAAGAAUAAUCUCUAGAUUUAUGUCCUAAAGUUGGGAAUAGCAUUAAUAAUAUUGAUAAUCCGAUCGAAAUAGUUUUUAUGAAGGGUUGUACAAGAAUUUUUAAUAAUCUUCAUGACGUCUCAUAAAUUGACCUAAAUUGGCAUGUAGCAACAAGACAGUACAAUAGAGUGACAGAGAGAAAUCCGUUUAUGGUUCAUGUGGCCACAAUUUGGUGACAAAUACAAACAUUUUCAAUAUAAGUGUAACGGUUGCAAGACAGGACAUUUUAGAUGUUCAACGUGGAUAUCAUAGAAUUUAUGUUUUGUUUGAUUUUCUAUCAUAUUUCAAUAAGUGAAUAAGUUUUUGUUUCUUGUUGUUGGUAAAUGAAAGAUUUGGUAUAUGUAUGUGAAUUUAUUAAUGUUAUAUUUUGUAUUAUUAAUUGUGUCUACAGUUUUUAAAAGAACAGACUUCAAAACUAUAAAUAUUCUAUUCAUGAUUGAAUUCAAUUAAUUUGUAAAUUAUUUUGGUUCUAAAAACUUUAAAAAGAUAAACCUGUAUAGCCUGUAUAGAUGACUGUUAUGACUCGGACUGUUCCAAAACAUCUCUGAUACAUUUCCAUCAGUAGUAUUGUCAUUUUGUAAAUAAAAAAACUCUAGUAGGGCUUCAUAACCAGUGGAGAUUUUUAAAGUAAGGCUAGGGAAAUUAGAUGAAGAAUAAAAACAAACUUUCAGGGGUUCAUAACAUCAUUUGGGAACAUAUAUUAUUAUUAAAGUUACAAAAAAAAAUCAUGUUCUCCUGGUGGGGAUAUAUCUGAGGAUUUCUGGAACUUUUCCAUACAUAAAUUGUUUAUGAUGUGUACGUUGAUUGACCUGCUGAAUAUUAUGCAUGUUAACAAUAAUAUAAGAUAGCUGAUAAUGUACAAUACCAAUUUAUUGUUUUAUAUACAUAUACCUAUAAUCAAUUGUAUAGAUCAUAUAAAUAUGUUUCUAUAGAAGAAAAUUAUAUUCAGAGUCCGCUUAUAGAUUAUAAAAUAUUUUUCGUUUUAAGUAAAGACGUAUAUUUAUUAAAAGGUGAUCUAGUUUAGGAAACUAACCGAUUGUUAUUUUAUAAGUAUAAUAAUCCUAUAAAAAUGCUUUGCUUAUUUACUGUUUUACUGGCACAUAGGUUUUGUUUUUUGUAUUAAAUAUAUAUCAUAAUACAAUACUUUUAAUAGCUGCGUUCAUAUGCACCGAGGUACAGUCCUGAUUCCUGACCAAACAGAAUUAUGGAAACCUAUUGCAUUGUAUAUAUACUUUACGUAUUAGAACAGUGAUUAUCUCACGUUCUAUCAUCAUUGGAAUUGGUAAAUGGAUCUACGCAAACGAAGUUUCACCAAACGCCAUAUUAACUCUGUACGUUUUAAUUGUAACUCGGUUUGUGUGCGCCUUGUCAUUGAUAAAAAUACUCACGAUAUCUUAAAUGAAUUUAUUUAUUAAAGUAAAUUCAUUCUUUCCACUUGUUAAGAGUGUGGCUGCAGCAGCUUUAGUGCUUGUGCGAUUUACUCACUCACAGUACUGUAACCCGAGCUAGAAUUCCAAUUUGUUAAAGCAAUCACAGAAAUUAUAUGACUAGAUUUUAUAAGAUUAGCCACAAGUUUUGAACUUCUGACAAAUGUCAUAGUAGCGCAAAUGCAACGACCGAUGUCAUAACGAGCUCCGCGACCUCGUGUUGUACGUGAACAAGCAAUUAUCUAACUUACUAUUCGUAAAAAUACUAAAUUGUUAAGUGCCGUCUAUUAAUCACGUGAUAUUUUAUAAACCCCUUUCCCUCUUGGUGGAUACAUGGUGAAGUUUAAAAUGAACAAAAUCACUUUUUUUGGUACCUAAAAAAAUCUUAAUUUUUGACGCCGCUCUUGGCGAACCCCCUUCCACCUUUCGAGCCUCACGAAAUUAAUGGACGGCCCCUUUUAGUUUAUUGAAGACCAAUUCAUGUAAUUCAAAGAAAUUAACAUAAAACAGUCUUUAAUUAAGAGUUUUAUGAAACAUUCAGUUUUUUCAUUAAUAAAAUACUUAUAAUUUUCCUGUAUUGUAAUCGUAAAUGUAAAGUAUAUUUGUUUUUGUUUUUAUAUUCGUAACCAAGAGUAUUCAAUGACGUGUAUUCAAGUUCUGUAUACCUAUAUCAUAAAAGUUUCAUGUAGAAAAUUUGCUAAGUACUUAAUCAUAACAUGUACCUUCUGAUAAUCUGUGUGGCGGGAACGACAGUAGAAUAAAAGCUCUUG